AUGCUGAAGACCGUUGUCGCACUCUGCUUAGUUGCCUCGGCUCUUUGCACAAAAUGCGAUUCGCCGAAGUACUCGGCCUCAUCCUUCUCAACCACCGACGGGUUCUUCCAUUACAAAACCACCUUCAUUACUGAAUUCACUCUGCAAUGCAGUAACAACCCCAAAAAUAUUCAAUACACUGCUGUAGUAAAUGGCCGUCUCAUUCCAGUCUCAGUUUCUGACGAGACAGCUAAACAUCAAGUGUCCUGGACUCUCGAUCACGCUGCCGCUGGAGCUCAAGUUUUCAACAUCAACAUUUUCGACGAGGAAGGUCUCGCUCAAUACAAAAAGAAUCCAUCAACGAAUCCACUCAUCACCAUUCAACAAAACCACACUGGACUCGCAACAAAAUCACCAAUCUCUUCGGAAACUGUUGCCAUCAUCCUCGCUAUCGUUGGACUUUAUCAAGCUAUUCGCCAAAAGACUGAACUUGUUCAUUGA